AUGGAGUGCAAGCACCUCUCUGAGAAUGAGGUGAAGCAACUCUGUGAGAUGGCACGAGACAUCCUGGCAGAGGAGAGCAACGUGCAGCCUGUUAGAUGCCCUGUGACGAUCUCAGGUGACAUCCAUGGUCAGUUUCAUGACCUCAUGGAGCUGUUCCGGAUAGGGGGCCUCCUCCCAGACACAAACUACUUGUUCCUCGGUGACUACGUCGACCGGGGCUACUUCUCCGUAGAGUGCGUGUCCCUGCUGCUCGCCUACAAGGUCCGGUAUCGGGAAAGAAUUACUAUCCUGCGCGGGAACCAUGAAAGCCGGCAGAUCACGCAGAUCUACGGCUUCUUCGACGAGUGCGCGCGGAAGUACGGUAGCCAAAGCGUGUGGAAGAUGUUCACCGACCUUUUCGACUACCUGCCCUUGACGGCCCUAGUCGAGAAUAGGAUAUUCUCGCAGCAUGGAGGCCUCUCGCCUUCCAUCGAGAAGUUAGAUGAUGUCAGGAAGCUGGACAGGAUACAGGAAGUUCCCCACGAAGGCGCCAUGUGCGAUCUGCUGUGGAGUGACCCUGAUGACCGUCUUGGCUGGGGCGUGAGUCCUCGAGGUGCGGGCUACACGUUCGGGCAGGAUGUGUCCGAGAAGUUCAACCAGUCGAACGGCUUGAACCUCAUCGCGAGAGCGCACCAGCUUGUCAUGGAGGGGUACAACUGGACCCAUGAGCAGCAAGUUGUCACCAUCUUCUCAGCGCCGAACUACUGCUACCGUUCGGGGAACCAGGCUGCCAUCAUGGAGAUUGAUGAGCGGCUAGGUUCUCAUUUUGUGCAGUUCGACCCCGCGCCACGCCGGGGUGAGGCAGCCAUAGGCAGACCCCCGGUAGAAUACUUCCUGUGA